CGAUGACGCAGCCGAUGCAGCUCCUCGAGGAGUACUAUAUGCCGCAGCAGCAGCAGCAGCAGCAGCAGCACGCGCAGGCGCAGGCGCAGCGUCAGGCUCAGGCGGAGCACCAGGCGCGCGUGCGGCACCAGCAGCUGUCUCGCGGCCCACCACCACCUCCGGACUCAUCGCGGGCGCCUCACAACUCGCACUCGUCGAUCGGCGGAGCCCCGACGCCGCCGACCAUGGCGCACCCUUCGCAUUCGCAGGCGCAGGCGCACCGCUACUCGCUCGAGCUGCGGCGGCAGCAGGAGGAGCAGCUGCAUAUGCUGCGCCAGGCGCAGCAGCGGCAGCAGCAGGAGCAGCAGCAGGCGGUGGCGGAGCGUUCGCGGCGCAAGUCGGCGGAGGAGGCGUACCUGCAGCAGCUCGCGGCGGCAUAUGGGCAUCCGAGCCCGCACACGCACACGCAGGCGGCGCACGGCGAUCACCUGUACAUGGCGUACACGGAUGGGGCGGGACACCCGGGUCUCCCGGGGGGUGGCGAGGAGGUGUAUCGUCUCCACGGUCACCCCGGGAUGCUGGAGCAGGGCUAUCGCCUGGUCGACGGAGCGCCGGGUCCGCUGGACCUGAUGGGAGUCCCCGGAGUGCCAGCGCAGGAGAACAGCCCCGUGGGGAUGCUCAGGUACGAAUCCCCGCUACCGUUGGAAUGAGGGCGUAGGCGGCGACGCGGCUCUGCCGAGGACCUUUCUUUCUCUUUGUUCGCUCAUCUCUUCUUUAUUUUCUUGUCUGCGAAACGUGUGUACUAUAAGGCGAGCGGUUAAUCGUGUCCUGCCGGAUCCUUCUUCCGUUCUUGAACUGUCUUCUUCGUGGUCCUGCGUUGCCUCUUUCUCCGCAUCCCUGACUCGACGUACACGCAAUGUAUAUAUUCCCGCUAUCGCUCUGCGUUUGCAUAUACCUACGGCGUAGUUUAAUUCGUGUGUCCCUUGCCGCCGCCUUCGACUCCCAUACACGAGUUGCCACGAGGCCGGCUGUUACCCCAUCCUGUGAUAUUACUGUACUCUGCUGUAGCUGCUGUCGAGGGUUUCCUGUAUAGACUUGCGCGGCGGAAAGUAAAUAAUCAUACCGAAUUAUUAUUUCAGAGAA